AUGGUGGCGCCGGUCGAAACACCGCAACCUCCACCGCCCUCUGCCACCUCUGACCCGCUAGCGGUAGCAGACAGGAAGCCGAAGCUGCGAUCGCGACGAGCCGGAUACUUCCGCAAGCUGUGCUCCGGAAUAGUCGGGCCGCUUGGUUUAGUAGUCGGCUUGUCCUUGGCCUUGGUCCUCGUCGUGGUCUCCCUGCUUGGCUCCGUCCUUCUCUGGUUCCGGGGCUUGUACGAGGUGUUCGAGUGGCUUACACAGCCCAUUGAGCAGGAUGGAAGCGAGAGCGACCCGUGCCACGUCUCGCUCGUGGGAAAAGGGGCCAUCCUGCCCGGUGCGUUGCGCGCACGCAAGGGGGGUUGGCAAGACGCCAUCAGGGUGGUGGAGGCCAGCAACUACGGACCGAUCGCGCAGAGGAAAAGAACCAUCGUGGGAGGGCCGGUUCCUGGACACUAUGACGUGGGAGCGCUCCUGCAGAUGACAACCGGGUGGACGUUGGGCCAUCUGUCUUCGCUCGUCAGGAUGAAGGAGGAGGAGUCGAGGAAGGAGGAAUCCAUGUUGCGGGAGAUCGACGACGAGAGGAGCCGUAUCGAGGCCGCUGAUGCGGCAGAAACGGAGUACGGGAGGCGCGGAGGCAAUGGCAAGCGCGUCUCAUUUUAUGAAAACUGA